AUGAUACGAAAUAUUAGUGGUAGUAGAAGGUACAUAAAUGAUGAUGCAAGGAAAAGAUUGUUUUUAAACUGUCUGAAUAGGAAUUUUGAUCAAGUGUUAACAGAAGUCCGAGGUAUACCCAGGGACGAGAUGGAUUCCAAUUUUUUACAAUUAUAUUUGAUCAAGAGUUGCCAAUGGGGCCACAUGGAUAGCAUUGAAUAUAUAUGGUAUAAAUAUGUUACCCAAUGGAAGGCGUUGACUGUUCCACCGAAGUUAUUGUGCGAUAUAGGGAAUAUUUGUAUAUCUUACAAUAAGACUUAUAUUCCUAAGCAAUUAUACGCGUAUUUUAAUGCAGUAUAUGGUAAGAGGGAUAACAAAUCUCUGCGAUCGAAGACGGAAGAUCAUUAUGCUUUAUUACGAAUUAGAGUGGAAAGUUUUGCAAAGGGAACGUUGCAUACGACAAAAUUCCGAGAAAAAUGGAAAGUAUAUCUUGAAGACAUUGACAACAAUCCGUAUUUCAAUGAUGUCACGAAUAAUCAUUUGAUUAAAGUUCGCGAUUUCCCAUAUCUAACUCAAAGCAUGAAUCAUAGUUGUGAUGAAGAAACCGCGUCAAAUAUUUUGUUUGGUGAGAACAGGAUUGCCAUCAAGAACCCGCGCUCAUUGAUCUUAUUCUUGAAUAUGAUUUUGUUACAAGACGGUACCAUUUUCAGCACAUCAUUCAAGACCAGUGUGUUGAAAAGGUUCCAACAGGUGUACCAAUCGAUGGAAUUACCAAAUGACACUCUCACCAUUUUGAAAACACUUAGCAGGCAGUAG